CCCAGGCGCUCUUCAAUGACGUCACAAUCUAAACAUUGCUCAGCUGUGGAGAAGGUAGUGUCGUGGAGUGGUCGUUAUUGCCUACACACAAAAUUUCAACCGAAAAUAUUGUGUGCCCCAAAAACAUUCAUCACGGCGACCCGCUAGCAAGCCUGGCCUCCAGCGGCGAGUCGGACGACGGUGGGCUGGUUCCGCCACCGCGAAAAAAGCCCCGAUUGCUGGACGCAACGAUGCAGCAAGCAGCAAAUGGCUGUACGCAACGCAAUGGAGUGUCCGAGGACCACACUGGAUCGAGUAGUGAAAAGAACGGCACGGAUCUUUUGCCCGACACCACUGCUCUUAAUGGAGGAACAAUUGGGGAAUUUUCUGCGAAGAUAAUGGACAAGACAAGUCAAGAUAUUGUGCGUCUGAUUGGCCAGCACCUGAAAACAAUAGGGCUCGAUCGUACAGCAGACCUUCUUAUGCAAGAAUCUGGAUGUCGAUUAGAUCAUCCUGCAGCUGCUAAAUUUCGACAGCAUGUUAUGGACGGUGAUUGGGCCAAGGCUGAGCAUGAUUUAAUGGAAUUGAAAACUUUAUUGGAUAGUUCAUCACAGAGCCUCGUGGAAAUGAAAUUUCUCCUAUUGGAACAAAAAUAUUUAGAAUACCUGGAAGACGGGCGUGUUUUGGAUGCGCUUCAUGUACUUCGCAAUGAAUUAACCCCAUUACAGCACAACACAAAUCGUGUUCACGUACUCAGCAGUUACAUGAUGUGCAAUGGACGUGAGGAACUACAGUUGCGUGCGAAUUGGGAUGGUAAAGGUGAAAAAUCACGGACUCAACUUAUGGAUAAAUUACAAACAUACUUGCCUCCUACAAUCAUGUUGCCUCCUCGCAGACUAUAUACUUUGUUAUGCCAGGCUGUGGAACAUCAGAAACACCAAUGCCCUUAUCAUAAUACUUUGACCGAAGAUGGUUUAAGUAGUGUGUCUUUAUUAGUGGACCACCACUGUACAAGGGAACAAUUUCCGUGCGAGACUGUACAAAUCCUUAAUGACCAUUGUGAUGAAGUAUGGUUUUGUCGGUUUUCUCCUGAUGGGUUGAAGUUGGCCACAGGGUCAAAAGACACUACUGUUGUUAUAUGGGAUGUAGACCCUGAAACGCUGACGUGCACCCACCGGAAGACCCUGGAAGGUCAUUCCUAUGGAGUUGCCUACAUUGCGUGGAGUCCAGACAGUACACACCUUAUUGCCUGCGGUCCUGAGGAUUGUCCAGAACUGUGGAUUUGGAAUAUUGAAGCUGAUGAACUUCGAGUGAAAGUUUCGCAUUCUCCCGAAGAUUCUUUGACUUCGUGUUCGUGGCACCGUGAUGGAAAAAAAUUUGUCACAGGAGGAAUUCGAGGACAGUUUUAUCAAUGUGACCUGGAAGGUAAUGUCCUGGACUCUUGGGAAGGAGUGCGAGUCAAUUGUCUUUGGUGCCGCAAAGACGGCAGAACUGUAUUAGCUGCUGAUACUCAUCAUCGUGUCAGAAGCUACAAUUUUGAUGAACUAACAGACUCAAACAUUUUGCAAGAGGACCAUCCAGUGAUGGCCUUUUCAGUUAACUCCGCUGACAGAUUGGCUUUGCUCAAUGUUGCUACUCAAGGAGUUCAUUUGUGGGAUCUUCAAGAUCGCUGCUUAGUUCGGAAAUUUCAGGGAGUUACUCAGGGUCACUUCACUAUACACAGUUGUUUUGGUGGAGUUAAUCAAGAUUUUGUGGCUAGUGGAAGUGAAGAUAAUAAAGUAUAUAUUUGGCACAUCAAGAGGGAAUUACCUAUUGCCACCUUAAUAGGUCACACUCGUACAGUCAACUGUGUCUCCUGGAACCCAGUAUUCCAUCAAAUGUUAGCUUCGGUAUCAGAUGACUGCACUGUACGAAUAUGGGGUCCUGCCAACAAACAUCGUAACCAGACUAAACAAACAAAAAUAAGUGAUACUGGAUUUGUUUCAAUUGUUAAAACCUUGAUUAAAGUAUUUAUCCAGCCCCUGAAGUCCCUAGAUCCGGUUUUGCUGACGAUGCUGCAUCAUCAUCAACCAAUGGAAGCUUAUGGCAUGACAUGGGUUCGUAGUAGACGUAGAGCUGAUAACCCUCUCCUGUCUCUCCUUCCUUCUCUCUUUAUCUGUCUUGUAGACUCACCUCAGCUCACCUCAGCUCACCCAAGUUGUAAAAACGUGUCAAAUAAUGAGAACAAUUUAGAUGAAGCAAAGAAAUGGUUGAUUAAUCAAACAAUAUUUUCCUUUUGUCAAAAAUUAUUUGUGAAAGAGUAUGAAAUACAAUUAUUGCAGCAAUACAAAUUUUUUAAAUAUCUUAAAACUCACACUGCAAUGAUUUUUUUAUCAGAACAAACUGUUUCUUUAUGA